CAAAGUAAUAUGAAUUGUGACGUAAAAAGUAGCUCCUACCUACCAAAUCCCAACCCUAUCUUUAACUAACCACUUUGGGGGUUUUCUUUUCUUACCAACUUUGGUCAAAUCCCAUCGCCAUCUUGCCCAACCCCAUUUAAAUAUUUACAUUCCGUUUGAAACACAGACUUAUGAACUUAUCCCAUUCCCAAGUUGUGAUAUUUUGAUUCAACAGAUUUCAUGGGACGGUCACCCUGUUGUGAAAAAGCACAUACCAACAAAGGUGCUUGGACCAAAGAGGAAGACCAACGCCUCAUUCAUUACAUCCGUGUCCAUGGUGAAGGUUCUUGGCGUUCCCUUCCCAAAGCUGCCGGCCUACUUAGAUGUGGUAAGAGUUGCAGGUUAAGAUGGAUGAACUACUUAAGGCCUGAUCUUAAAAGAGGCAAUUUUACUGAAGAUGAGGACGAACUUAUCAUUAAACUUCACGGUUUACUUGGGAACAAAUGGUCUUUGAUAGCAGGAAGGUUACCUGGAAGAACAGAUAACGAGAUCAAGAACUACUGGAACACCCACAUCAAGAGAAAGCUUGUUAGCAGAGGGAUCGAUCCGCAAUCUCAUCGUCCUCUAAAUGGAAUAGCGAAAGCCACACCCACCGAGUUGGAUUUUAGAAACGCACCCACCGUUCCUAAAAUAAAACCCAUUACAACUGCAACCCCAUCUUUGAGUUUCAAAUACGAUGAGUCUCAAGUGAAGGCCAAGUCAGAUUCCCUUGAAGGAGGAAACUGUACCAGCAGUGGCAUGACUACAGAUGAAGAACAACCGAGUAGCAGGCCGAACGAGUUAAAUUUGGAGCUUUCGAUUGGGUUUAGUAUUAACUCAGCCAACUCGGCUGAGUCCAAACCAAAGGUGGCUAAGCCUAAGGCAGUAUGUUUGUGUUGGCAAUUGGGUUUUCAAAGAAGUGAAAUUUGUAGCAACUGUGAAAAUACAAAUGGGUUGUUUAGAUAUUGUACAACUUUGGGUUGAUAGUAUCUCAUAUUUUUCCUUUCUCUGUAGUUGAAAGCUAAUUACAAAACAGUAUGUUUUCUAUUCUUUUGAUUUAUCAUAAAAGAGCCUUGUUCAUAA